AAUUCAAUUCAAUUCAAUUCAAUUCAUUCUCAUUUUUUAUUUUUCCUUUUUCCUUUUUCACAUUCCUUUACAUUUCGAACCAUGCAAAUAGUCAAGAUUGCAGUAGCGCAGUUCUGUGGAGGACAGUCUGUCUCUACAAACUUGAAUACUUGUCUCCGUUUGAUGAGCCAAGCAUCCGAGCAAGCUGCAAAGAUGAUAUUCUUCCCAGAGGCAUCCGACUUUCUCGGUAAUGCAGGCGAAGAGGCCAUUAAGCUGUCUCAUCCAUUGACGGACCCGGGACCAUUCCUGGAGGGUGUGUGCGCAGAGGCUAAACAGCUUGGCAUGUGGUGUUCAAUUGGAAUUCAUGAACAGAGUCCGUUUCCAGAUCGGUUGUACAACACACAUGUUUUGAUCAACGAUCAAGGAUCGAUCGUGAGUUCGUACAGAAAGCUUCAUCUGUUUGAUGUGGAUAUUCAGAAUGGACCACAAUUACUUGAAAGUAAAAGCACGGUGGCGGGCGAUCGAUUGAUCCCACCGGUCCAAACACCUGCUGGCAAAGUCGGGUUGGGGAUCUGUUAUGAUCUCAGGUUUGCAGAACUGGCUUUACAGCUGAGGAAACAGGGUGCUGAGAUCUUGACCUACCCAUCUGCAUUCACUACCGAGACCGGUGAAGCCCAUUGGGAGGUCCUUUUGCGAAGCAGAGCCAUUGAGACACAAUCGUUUGUUGUUGCUGCUGCACAAGUAGGAAAACAUAAUGAGAAGCGCUCCAGUUAUGGUCACUCUAUGAUUGUAGAUCCAUGGGGUAAAGUGAUUGCAGAGUGCGAUGGACAGGAGGAAGGCAUUGCUGUUGCGCCCGUAGACCUUUCAGUCUUGGAACGAAUCCGCUCCGAGAUGCCAGUCAUGAACCAUAGACGAUACGAUAUCUUUCCGUGAUUCCAUGACCAUGAAUGAUACAGUCCAGCACAACAACACAACACAACACAAUACAACACAACUGUUUCCAUUCUAUUCUCUGCACAGCAAUUUUGG